GUUUCAGAUGUCGUUUGACGAGCUUUAUGAGAGUUGUUUCCGAAAUGCAUCACUUGUGAAGGUCCCACAUGGGAAGCCAGCAAAAGAUGACGCGUCUUUGCUGGUUACACUAGAUUAUGUGAUGAACAGCAGUCAAUACGUGGUGUUUUUUCUGACUGCUGGAGCAAAAGGCGCUGAUCUGGGACUCAAGUUGGAUAAUAUGAUGAAGAAAAAGAAUGAAAAAGGCGAUAAGGACAAAGCGCAAAAUUCUCCGGCUCGUCUCCGACGUUUCUUCUCUAUGAAAAAGAAAAAGAAGAAGGACGGUAGCAUCAAUGGUGACUCCACGCUAAUGUCUGUCGUCCUUGUGGACACCGAUUAUCGGUCCAAUACAGAAGAUGGUGGCUCAUCACCACAAUUGGCCCAGCCUGGUUGGUACGUCUACGCGCCGCAAUUAUUGGCUACAAAGAGCCGAUUGUUGCGAGCUCUCGGUUUUGAAUUCCCACCAUCGUUGAUUGUAGUGGACACAGCGUCUAGAAGUGUAGUAACAACUGAAGGCCGGAGAUUGUUGGCAGAUGAUGCGAUGGGAACAUCUUUCCCAUGGUGGCCGCCAGCUGCUGCUGAUGUUCUCAAAGGAGACGUUCUGAAGCGAGUAAACGGGUCGGUAGAAACUGUCGAUUUCUCUACGAUCAAGACAACAGUGCGAGGACUGCUGUUUGGAGCACAAUGGUGUCCACCAUGCAGACAGUGGGUGAAGCAAUUAACUCCAGUGUAUGAACAAAUGAAGAAGAAUGGUGUUUCGUUGGAGAUUGUAUUCUGCUCUUCUGACAGAUCUCAAGAAGCCUUUGAUCACUUUGUUGAACAGAUGCCGUGGUCAGCAUUCACAUAUGAUCCCGCUAGAACAUUGGCGUUAACGAGAGUUUACAAUAUCAGUGGAAUUCCUUCCCUGAUCUUACUGGACCAAGCUGGGAAGGUCAUCACGAAUCACGGAAGAUCGUCUUUACUUGAAGACCCAGCUGGACGAUACUUUCCAUGGAAACAGCGCCCCCUCUAUGAACUGAAUGAGUAUACUGUUUGUCGGCUUAGGGAUGAACCAUCGCUCAUACUGUUCACAGAAGGCUCUCCGGACGACAUUCAGUUCUCUUUAUCUGUCAUGGAUAAGGUGUCAAAGCGGCUAUUCGAAGAGAGAAUGAAAGUUGAAGAGCGAAGAGUGGAGGAAGCGGAAAAUAAAACAGAUGAAAAUGCUGAACCAGGUUCUGGAUUGAGAAACUCAGCUAGCAGCGAGGAGUGCAGCUCUACCGGUUCUGAUCUACCCAUCCCACCACAAGCUGAUCCUUUACAGUUGCUAUACACCGGCGAGGAUCCCAUCUGUGACCAUAUUUUGGAAUCAAUUCUUGGUCUGGGAGACUUCGAGCUUCCUUUGAUCUGUAUAGUCGAUGGCUUGGCGGGGCAGGGCGGCUCCAGUGGACUCCUCUUCCUGCUGCGAGUCAAAAUUCGUCCAAGACAGUCGGCGGCAUCCCGAGUUCUAUCAUUGAGCAAGCACUCAUUAGCAACUCUCCAUCACAGAACUCCAUAGGAGGCGGAAAAGAGGAAGUAAAAGCUGUAUAACUCACUGUCGACCAACAAGCUCACAACAAGGAUCACCUGACUUCAAAGCAACGGAAUAUCUCUUUUGUUAUUAUGCCCAGAACACUUCCUAGUGUAUCUUUACACAGUCAUGAAGCACUACUUAUUUUGUGCUGAGUCUUCACUUGACCACAGACCGAGUGUUCUCCUAUACGGGAUUAUUUUCUUUGAUCGUGCACACUUCUGUAUCGAUAUUGAUGCUUUUCAUUUUACUAACGCUCAGAAUGUUUGCCGUAAGGAGUGAUCGUUAUGUUGAUUCCUUGAUAACUCUAAAUUGGUAAGUGAACCUCUAUUACUGUAUCGAAUCUUCUUCUGCGCUCACUCUUUUUUCUACACUCAUGCAUACUUCUGCUCGUUGGAAUGUCAUAGUCAGGC